GAAGCAGCGGAUGUGACUUCCUGCUAGAAUCCAUGUAAAACUCUUGUUUAUCGUUAUGUUUAGACAUUUCUGAGUGGAUUUAAUCACCUUUAUGUGUUGUAAACAUGCCGUACAAACUAGAACGCUUCUUGCGGUUUUCUCUCAGUGGUAAAAGGGCGUUUAUUCCCGGAAACAACGGCAGCUUCGGGUAUUAGCUUAGCCUGUUAGCUGGAACCAAAACAGUCCCACAGAGGAAGAGAGAGCCGCUUUGGAGGACAGACUGGAAAUCUGGUGGAGUUUACUGGGAGAAAGGCUUCUGUGGUGCUGGUGUGAAAACACCAGAAAACAAAGAUGGAGGAAGGGACUCGCAGAGAGCAGAUGGACUCUCGGUUUCAAGACAUCCAGCAGCAGAUGCUGACGAAAGAGGAACUUCCUGCUGAGGAGGAGAACUGGACUCCCUCACCGGACCAGAACCAGAACCGCACUGAAAUUAAAGAGGAACAGGAAGAGACGAAGAUCAUAGAGUUCAUAUUCAACACUGUCCCUGUGAAAAGCGACGAUGAGGAAGAGAAACCUCAACUCUCAGAGCUUCCUGACUGUCAUACUGAGGGAAUCAGAAACUCACCAGAACCAGACGGAUGUUGGAAUGAAUCAGAUGAUAAAGACAAAUCUUCAGGUUCUUCAGAAACAGAUGUCAGUGAUGGAAACUGGGAGGAGCGCGAUAGAGCUAGGCCAGGAUUGGACCCUGUUAUAAAUGUAUUAUCUGUCACUGAUAUUGUGUAUGACACAGGUAAGAAGCUACACAGCUGCAAUGAAUGUGGUAAAACUUUUAACCAAAAGUCAGAUGUUUUGAGGCACAGCAGAAUUCACACAGGAGAGAAACCUUUCAUUUGCUCCAUCUGCAACGCAGCUUUUUCUUGGAAGCACGUCUUGGCUCAACACAUGAGAACGCAUAGUGGAGAAAAACCCUUCAGCUGCUCCAUAUGUGGUCAGCAGUUUGGAAGGAAGAUACAUGUCACCUCUCACAUGAGAAGUCAUACUACAGAAAAACCUUUCACCUGCUCCAUUUGUGGACAAAAGUUCAGCCGGAGAGAAAGUGUGACGCGGCACAUGAGACGCCACACUGAAGAAAAACCUUUCAGCUGCUCUGUUUGUGGGCAAGAGUUUGGCAGGAAGGAAAGUCUGACCUAUCACAUGACUCAUCACACUGAAGAAAAACCAUACAGCUGCUCCGUCUGUAACAAAGCUUUUACUUUGAAAAUAACUUUAAUGGAGCACACGAGAACCCAUUCAGAGGAAAGACCGUUCAGCUGUUCUGUCUGUGGUGCAGCUUUUAAAAGGAAACAUACUUUAGCAGAACACACAAAAACCCACACUGGAGAGAGACCUUACAGUUGCUCUGUUUGUGGACAAAGUUUUGUUCAACUUAUCAGUCUAACUCGUCAUAUGAGGGGUCACACAGGAGAAAAACCUUAUAGCUGCUCCACCUGCAAUAAGACGUUCAAAUGGAAACAAACUUUUCUGACGCACACAAAAAUACACUGUAGUGAAUAAUUUUCAAUCCUGUGAACAGACUAAAUAUCCACGGAGGUUAGACAUAGUCUGGUCAUGUUUUCUAUGGGAGAUGAGCUCACAUUGAAUCUGCCGUAUUUAAAUAUGGAAAUACCACAGGAAAAAUUAUGUCAUUUUUAUCAAAAGAACAAGCAAAAAAUAAACUAGUUAAAACUUCUUCAUGUGUGCCAGUCAAUUAAGU